UUGCCGCUUCCUUUCAGCCAUUUUCCGGGGCGCUGCGAAGGGGGAAGCGGCAGGGAGCCCCCUCGCCGCCGCAGCAGCAGCGUCGUGUCGUCGUCUUCCGGCGCAACGUGGCGCAGUGUGUUCCCCUCAGCUCGCUUGGCCCUCAAGGCCCUUCCUUCAGCCGCAGAGGAUGGAGGCCGAGGCGGCCGCGGGUGGCUUCAGCACCUCGGAGAGCGCCUGAGGCGGCGGCGGAGGCAAAGAAGGCCUAGGCCUGCGCGCCUCGAGGGCGGAGGCGGGGCGUGAGGCGCGCGCGGCCCUCUCCCUGGUGCAGAGCGGGGAGGACAGAUGUGGCAGAGAGGCCCAUGAAGCCGAGGAGAGCCUUCCACAUGGGGCGCCCCCUUGCUAGGAAGAAGUAGCUCCGCCGCAAGCAGGAAGAGCCCCCGAGCCCUCCUCUCUGUCUCUCUCUCUCUCUCUCUCUGUUGGACUUCCCACCCCGAGUGGAUUCCCACCAUGUGACUUCUCCCUGGGAAGCCCUGCCCUCCUUUCCCUUCUACCAUGGAGCCCUUUGACGCCUCCUUUCAGUCCCUGCUCGAGACACUUGUGCCGCAUCACUGGGGAAUCUGAUCACUUAGUUCCUGCUUGCGUGUGGCUCUCCUGUCCCACGCCAAGGUCUCCCCCAAGAUGAAGAAAUUCCCUUUCCACAAAGUUUUGGACGGCCUGACUUCCUCCACGAGUGGAAACAGCAGCAGCAGCAGCGGGCUUGGGAGUAGUGGCUCUGCGACGGCUGCAGGGACUCCGAGGGAGGAGGUCCCCGAGAGGCUCACUUCAGACUACUUCCAGCUCUGCAAGACAGUUCGCCAUGGGUUUCCAUAUCUGCCCACUGCCUUAGCAUUUGAUCCAGUUCAGAAGAUUUUGGCUAUUGGGACAAGAACAGGUGCCAUUCGCAUAUUGGGUAGACCAGGUGUUGACUGUUACUGUGAACAUGAAAGUGGUGCUGCAGUUCUGCAGCUUCAGUUUUUAAUUAAUGAGGGUGCAUUGGUCAGUGCAAGCUCUGAUGAUAUGCUCCAUUUAUGGAAUCUAAGACAGAAACGUCCAGCAAUUCUUCAUUCUCUGAAAUUUACCCGAGAACGGAUUACCUUCUGCCAUUUACCUUUCCAAAGCAAAUGGCUCUACGUGGGAACAGAGAGAGGAAAUACUCACAUUGUAAAUAUUGAAUCCUUCGUACUUUCUGGAUAUGUUAUCAUGUGGAACAAGGCAAUAGAAUUAUCCACAAAGACGCACCCUGGACCUGUUGUACACCUAAGUGAUAGUCCACGAGAUGAGGGGAAACUGUUAAUGGGCUAUGAAAAUGGAACUGUAGUACUCUGGGACCUGAGAUCUAAAAGAGCGGAUUUAAGAGUAUACUAUGAUGAAGCUAUUCAUUCUAUUGGAUGGCAUAAUGAAGGGAAGCAGUUCAUGUGCAGCCAUUCGGAUGGAAGUUUGACUUUUUGGAAUCUAAAAAGUCCAAGUAGACCUUUUCAGAUAAUCAUUCCACAUGGUAAGAUUCAACGAGAUGGGAAAAAAAUUGAAUCUUGUAAACCAAUUCUUAAAGUAGAAUACAAGACCUGUAAAAACAGUGAACCUUUUAUAAUUUUUUCUGGUGGACUUUCUUAUGACAAACCUUGGCGGAGACCAAGUCUAACGAUCAUGCAUGGAAAAGCAAUCACAGUGCUUGAAAUGGAUCACCCCAUUGUUGACUUUUUAACACUCUGUGAAACUCCAUAUCCAAAUGAGAUUCAAGAACCCUAUGCUGUAGUUAUACUGUUGGAAAAAGAUCUCAUUGUUGUUGACCUGACUCAGAGCCAUUAUCCAAUUUUUGAAAAUCCUUAUCCCAUGGACAUUCACGACUCACCAGUUACCUGCACACAAUAUUUUGCUGACUGUCCGCCAGAUUUGAUUCCUGUGCUAUAUUCUAUAGGCGCUAAACAUAAGAAGCAAGGAUACAGUAGUAAGGAGUGGCCAGUCAGUGGAGGAGCAUGGAACCUAGGUGCACAGACAUAUCCUGAAAUAAUUAUUACAGGCCAUGCAGAUGGAUCAGUAAAAUUUUGGGAUGCAUCUGCCAUUACACUACAGAUGUUGUACAAGUUGAAAACCUCAAAGGUGUUUGAAAAACAGAAGUUGGAAGGAAAACCAACAGCAGAAAUUGCAGAAGAGGAUCCUUUCGCCAUCCAGCUGAUGUACUGGUGUCCUGAAAGUAGAAUAUUUUGUAUAGCAGGAGCCUCUGCGUAUGUUGUUGUUUACAGAUUCAGCAAGCAUGAAGUUAAUCCUGAAAUAUCAUGUUUAGAGGUCCAACUUCAAAGUGAGAUAGAAGAUAACAUUAGUCCAGAGGCAGAAGUGAUUCCUCCAUUUCCAAAUGCCUCCUCUCACCUUUCAUCUUUAAAAGAUCUCUCAGGCAGUACCAAUACUGUAGCAUCUGAAGGAAUGGUGAAGGACAGUAUCCCAUGUCUCAGUGUUAAAACACGUCCUGUGCGAAUGCCUCCUGGUUACCAAGCAGAGCUUGUUAUCCAACUGGUCUGGUCGGAUGGAGAGGCCUCCCAGCAAAUAACCUGUCUAACUGCAAACUCUGCUUAUGGAGUAGUUGCAUUUGGAAACUCCAGCAAUUUGGUUGUUGUGGAUUUUAUACAGAAGACAGUCUUGCUAAGCAUGGGAAGCUUUGAACUGUAUGGAUCAAGUGAUUUGUUUCAACGCCAACCACGUUCUCCUCGUAGAAGCAAACAAUUUGCUGCAGACAACUUUUGCAUGCGUGGCCUGUCUAACUUUUAUCCAGAUUUAACGAAACGGAUCCGUACAUCCUAUCAGAGCCUAACUGAACUAUCAGAUGGUCCAAUUUCAUUGGAGCUAGAGCGGUGUAAGUCCCCCACAGCUUCAGAUCCUGUAAAUGGGCACUGUACAAGCCCGACUUCCCACAGUUGCAGCUCUGCAAAACGGCUAUCCAGUGCAGAUAUUACAAAAAUAAAUCGCUGGGGUCCUGGAAAGCCUCCAUUUAGGAAAGCACAAUCUGCAGCAUGCAUGGAAAUUUCUUUACCUGUCACAACAGAAGAUAACAGAGAAAAUUCCAUCAGUCAUUCUCGAAGUUCUAGUGUCUCCAGUAUUGAUAAGGAGACUAAGGAAACGAUUACAGCUUUAUACUUCACAGAGUCGUUUGCACGGAAGAAUGACACAACAGCAUCUCCUUGCCUUUGGGUUGGGACAGGUCUGGGAGUGGUCUUAACUGUGUCCCUCAAUCUGCCUAGUGAUGAUGAAUUAAGGCAAGCUGAGCCAGUAACAGCAUCUCCAAGUGGUACAUUUCUCUCAUUGAAGGGAGCAGUGUUAACUUUUGCUUGUUUGGAUUGCUCGGGGACAUUAAUACAUCCGCCUUAUGAAGCUUGGAGAGAUCCAAACAGCAUGGAGGAAAGUGAAAGAACAAAGAAAAGAAAACUUGUCCUGCAUUCUUCAUGCUCCCAGGACAUGGGAGACCACCAGUUUGCCAUUAUCUGCUCAGAGAAACAAGCCAAAGUAUUCUCACUGCCUUCCCAGACAUGCCUCUAUGUUCACAAUGUCGCAGACACAUCCUUUCUAUUGCGAGCCGACGUGGUGACUCUGUGUAACAGUGCAUGCCUGGCGUGCUUCUGUGCCAGUGGGCGUAUCAUUAUACACAGUUUACCCAGCCUACGCCCAUUGCUUGAUGUUAAUUACUUGCCUGUAACAGACAUGAGGAUUGCCCGGACCUUUUGUUUUACCAAUGAAGGACAAGCUUUGUAUCUUGGCUCUCCCACAGAAAUUCAGCGACUGAACUACAGCCAGGAAAUGUUUGACAAUCUGCAGGACAUGCUUGGGGAGUUGUUCACUCCUGUCGAAACCCCCGAGGCACAAUACAGAGGGUUUCUGAAGGGACUGUUUGGUGGGACUGGUGGGACCCUCGACAGAGAAGAGCUGUUUGGUGAGGCUACAGCGGGAAAAGCAUCUCGCAGUCUCGCUCAGCAUAUCCCUGGAUCAGGUGGUGUUGAAGGAAUGAAAGGAGCUGCAGGGGGCGUUAUCGGAGACCUGGCUCGUGCACGUCUUGCUCUCGAUGAAAGGGGGCAGAAGCUGGGAGAACUAGAUGAGAAGACAGCAAGAAUGAUGACGAGUGCAGAAGCUUUCUCCAAACAUGCACAUGAGGUAAUGGUGAAAUACAAGGACAAGAAAUGGUAUCAGUUUUGAUUCUUAAGCAUGAAGCUGCACCUCAGAGUAUGAGGACUGGAAGGAGAAAGAGGUCUUAUUCUCAAAAAUCAGGCCCAGGACAGAAGGAAUUUUCUCCUUUAGAAGACUUUUCCUCUUUCGGGACACCAGGUGAUCAAGCUAGGUUUCCAGACAUCAAAACGUGGUGGUUCUUUAUGAGUUAAUUUACAAUGAAUCUUUUCCAAUGAACUGUCAUUGUCAACAGGAAUUGUCACUGGCAUUAGGGAUGAACUCCGGAGAGGAUCUCUCCUGGUUUAAAACAUAGUGUACAAACUAGAUUGUCAAUGCAUUUAAACCGAACAAAACUUUGCAUGACUAAUUGACUUCUUAUAUGACAAAGACAAAAGCAAAGCAUGCUGUGAUUGAGGGAAAGGGAUUUAUUUUCAAGGUCCACAGAGAAUAAAAGAAAAACAGGAGAAAUAUGUUUUAAAAACAGGUUGGUACAUCUCAAGCAUGUUGCCUUCAACAAAUGAGCUGCGUUUCUCACAUUUGACAUUCCUUUCUGUAGACAAUCUUAGUUUUAAAACACUCAUGCAUUUCAUUGGUAGAAAAAUAAAAGAACAUUAAAAUUC